AUGGAGGUAUGGGCGGCCCAAACCAGCUUAUUAGAAGGAGGUCAUUAUGGCAAAGCAUGGAGCUCAAAACCAGUGGUGCACCAAAGAAAACAAUGCCCCACAUGGGUGGGACUAUGGAAACAUAUCAGGUCUCUUCGUACUGAUUUUCUCCAGAAAAUAACAUACAGAGUUGGCAAUGGCUCUCAUGUAAAAUUUUGGGAGGACAAAUGGAUUGGUAACACAACACUGAGAGAACCAUAUCCUAGAUUAUAUCAGAUAGCUAGUCGUGAGAAUUCAUUGGUUGCUCACAACAGGGAGGGGAACAUUUGGAAUCCUUUAUUCAGAAGAAACCUCCAAGUCUGGGAAAUUAAUGAUCUGCUUCUACUAUUAUCCUCAUUGGAAGAAUUCAAAAUUGAAGAGCAUCAAAUUGAUAGACUCAUCUGGGACAACUUAACAGAAGGAAAGUACACAAUCAAGGCCAACUAUAACCUCCUAUGUUCACAGAAUGGGAUGCUUGAGGACUGGCCUUGGAAACAUGUCUGGAAGGACUAG